CCUCCUAGCAGUUUGAAACUGUCAGGUGGUUGCUGGGGCCCGGGGCUGUUCUUCCGGAAUUAAAGCUGCUCUAGAACUGGAGCCGGAGUCGGACCGGGAGCCGGAGGUCCCGGACUAGGGCUGACAGUUUUGUGCAGGAUGUCUUCAGAUGAAGAGAAAGUUUCAGCUCCAGCUUUACCAGGAAACACUGAUCCAGACAAUUCAGUUUCGUCAGAUCUUCAGACUGAAUAUGAAGAGUUGCUUCGAUAUGCUGUGGUGACACCAAAGAGUGAUGCAAUUACCUCAAAACAGUCUUAUCCUAAGUCAUUAGGGGGAACAGAUGACAGGAUAUUGAGUGCACUGGCUGAAGAGCCACAUACUUCAGCAGGAAAGGGCCCUGCAGGAAGAGAACACAGAAGAACACAGGAAGAGAACACAAGAGAACCUAGGAGAAUCAUAGAAAUCAACAAUCCAAGUAUUACAAAAGCAGAAGCUUUACCAUCAUUGGCUCCACCAAAGAGGAUCAGUCAUCCAAUCAUGGACUUUUUCAGCUCACCUCAUUUAAAUGACUCUUCCUCACCAGGAACUUCUAGUCCCAGGGAAGAAGAACCUUAUGACAGAUUUUUCAAUGAACCAUGUAUAACUGAUGAAAACCUUCGAAAGAUAGAAAGCAUAAUUGAUCUCUGGUGUUCAGGUCUUAAGACAAAUGUUCUUGCUGAACUAAGUAAGUGGAAACUUAAUUUUAUUGAUUGGCAUAGAGCAGAAAUGAAAAAAGAAAAGGACAAACAAGCAGCACAAAUAAGAAGAAUGCAGAACCAAAUAGAUGACUUGACUGAGCUGCAAAAGUCUUAUGAAACUUCGGCUGGGAGAAAAGAUGAGGUAAUUGCUACCUUGACUGAAGCAACAAGCAAGCAAAAGGAAAAAAUAGAUUUAUUGAAAACAUUCUUCCACUGGCGGAUUGAACACCUCAAGGCCAAACAGGAGAUUUAUGAAACUAAGUUAGCUGACCAGCUCUACCAAAAAACAUUGAAGAAGAAAAUCUGGAAGGCUUGGCGCUCCACAGUGAAAUCACAGUGGAAAGAUGUGGUAGAAAAAGCUUGUCAAUCUAGAGCUGAAGAAAUUUGUCUCCAGAUUUCCAGUGAUUAUGAAGUUCAGAUUGCAGGAUUAAAUGCUGCUUUGGAAGCUGCAAGAACUGAGAUCCAGAAACUACAGUGUGAAAAAGAACAGUUUGAAGAGUCCAUGAAAAAAGCUUUCAUGCGCGGUGUAUGUGCAUUAAAUCUGGAAGCCAUGAGUAUAUUUCAGGGCAGAAGUGAGAGCGGAAUAGAGAGCACAAAUAAGAAAGAUGACCAUGGUCCCAGUGGCUCAGGGAGAGAUGGUUCUAUUCAUUUUGAUCCUUCAGUUAUCUCAGUCCCACCACCAGCACCAGCACAAGCAUCAACAGAAGAAAUGUUUGGGCCAAAAGUUGUGACAUCUGUUCAACAGAAGGCAGGAAGAACAAUUACAGCUCGGAUUGCAGGGAGAUCUGAUUUGCCUAUUAAAACCAGUAGAAAUUGUAGCAAUUUAGCUGUAAUGGGAGUCUUGCCUCCCAUGAGUUCUGUUGUUAUAGAAAAACAUCAUCCUGUCACACAGCAAACCAUUCCUCAAGCUCUUGCAGCAAAAUACCCUCGAACUAUACACCAUGAAAUGAGUGGUACAUCUUCAAGACACACAGGACCCAGUGGAAAAACAUCAACCCUGGCUUCUCACUCCAUAAAGGUGGUUGACUAAACUGAAUAUAGGUAUAUGUAGAAAGGGGUUGAUUUUUUUUUUUUCAAUUCCUGAAAAUUGAAAAAUUCCCCUGGAUUUGCUAUCUUGGAACUUCCCAGUGAAACAGGCUGGCAUAGCAGAACACUGUGGAUAACGUCAUGUUCACCUUUUCAGAAUCCCCAGAGACUGAUUCAAUGGAAAACUCAUUUUGAGGAAAGUAAAAUAUCUUUUGUAACUAUAUGCAGAAAUUAUUUUAAUGUUGAUAAACUUUUAUUUAAGAAAUAAAUUGAAUAUAUGCCUUUUUAAAUUAAAAAUGUCUAUAUGUUUGUCUGGUGACCAUAUGUUGAACUUAUAUCAUUACGUUCGAGUGUAUAAAUCAUGAUUCUCCUGAUCUUUAGCAUUCUAGUGGUUUUUGUUUGUUGUGUAUUUCCAAAGAUUUUAG